UCUUGAGUGGUUCCCAUCUUCUUCUCCACACCCUGCCGUGUGCCCCAGGCCUGCCACUGCUGCUGUGCUGUGUCCCCUGAGCUGGGGCCCUCAGCCGCCAGUGUUCACUGGGAGGCCGAGCUGGGAGAACAGGAGCAUCUACUGUGAGGAUUUUGGGCCUUUCCUUUGUGGUGCUCUUCCUCCUGAAUUCUCGAGUGGUUCCCAUCUUCUUCUCCACACCCUGCCGUGUGCCCCAGGCCUGCCACUGCUGCUGUGCUGUGUCCCCCUGAGCUGGGGCCCUCGGCUGCUGGUGUCUGCUGGAAGCCAAGGCUGGGAGAACAGGACCAUCUGCUGUGAGCUUCAGGGUCGAUCCUGCAAACAGGAAAGCAGCAGGCACAUCCAGGCUGCUGGGAAGGACACCCUGGCUCUUGUGCCAGCCCAGGCCAGGCUCCAGCAGCUGGCCAUGGCCUCGCAGAAGGACACAAAAGAGGAAGAUGCAAAAGCCCAGCUCCUGGCAGAGGCAUUUCAGAAGGAAGGACUGGAUGCUGGAUUCUGGCUGCCCAAAAUGUCAGAGAUCCUGGGAAUCAAAUGCAGAGAAGCCCUGCAACAUGUGGAAUAUGAAGACUACCUCAAGCUGGCGUGUAAAGCACGGAAGCCUUGGGAGAAAAAGGCGCUCCGGAAACUCCUGAACAUAACAGAUGACAAAACAGCCUUUAAAGAGCUGCAGAAAGAGCACGUGGAGAACACAAAGCAAAGGCAAGAAGUGGCCAAACAAGCCCUGAAAGAUUUGACAGAAAUGCUCAACAGUCGCAGCCACAGCCAGGAUGCGCUGAGGAAGAAAGCAGAGACUCUGUGGCAAGCCAUGGAGAUUCCCAAAGAGUUCUGGCCAUCUCCAAAGAAACCCUUGGCAGAAAUGCUGGAGAGCAUCCAUAAGCAGCUGGAGCAGCAGCAGGAGCUGUCAGCAGGCAGGAGGGAGAACAUCCCUGACACCGAGGUGCUGAGGCGGGCGUCGGGGGGACUGGCCCUGCAGGGCAUCUACAGAACCAGCAGAGCUGGAGAUGUGCUGGCAACACGAGAGCAGCUUCUCAGGGUUCCUGAGGGAUUCCAGCUCGCUGGUCCAGAGCAGGGAUCGCUGCUUGAGAGGAGGGAGUUCUCCUCCUCUGCAGAAGAAUCCACUUUCACCAAGUCCAUGGAGCAGCUGGGCUUCAGUAUGAGUGUUUCUGCCAAAUUUGCAUUCUUGGGCAUGAAUCUGGGAGUGGGUGUAGAUCACAGCAAGUCCUCACAGUCCCAGGUCACCCACCAGUCCCACUCUGAGCAAAGCUACUUCUGCACCACCAAGUUCCAGUACAUCCCCCUGGCCUCCUGCUACUUCCAAAGGCAUCAGCUUUGUCUUUCGGAUGCGGCUCUGCGGGAGCUGCAAGACAUGGAGCAGAUUUUGGGGGUCACUGGGAAAGAAGACAACCCCAGCUUUGUGAAAAUGUGUGAGAGCUUUUUCAGCAGGUUUGGGUCCCACAUAAACCAGGGUCCCCUCCACUUUGGGGGGAUAUUCUGGUGGAAGGCGUCCACAGAAGGAUUCCGAGCUGAUCAGCGCGAAGACGUGAAGCAACAAACAACAGAAGCACUGAACAGCUUUGUCAGGAGGAGCUAUGGUGACUUCCUGGCAAGUGCUGCAGCGGCCCUGGAUGUUUCUAAAUCCAGCUCACAGGUUUCUGUCUUGGGAAGAGCAAGGGAGAGAUCCCAUACAGCCAUUCAGCUCUAUGUGGUCAACACAGGGGGCCCAGCAGACGCAGCUUCUCUUCCUCAGUGGAAAACGGGACUUGUGUCUGAUAACACAACGUGGUGCGUUAUCGACCGCGGCUUUGAGCUGAUCCCAGUGUGGGACAUCAUCCUGUGCAAUCACUGUGGAGAUUUUAAGUCUGUUGGUCAGAUGAGCAGAGCCCUCAGGGAUGCGUACAAAGCGCUGAAAAAUCAGAGUGUUGGAACCAUUUUUGGAGAGGAAUUGGGCAGUGCAGUGCAGGAGGCCAGAGAUUUCAUGGAGAAUGUGAAGGCCUGGGAAGCUACGGUGGUUGAAAGAAAGCUGUUCAUGCUGAUGGAGUUAAAAGACAAUCUGAAUGCAAAAACCAGGAACCACAGUGUGUGGAUCAACAUGUGCCUGUCUCACAAAUCCCUGCAGGACUUCCUGGUGAACACCGUGCGGAGCUGCCAGGAGUCACCUCCAGAAAACACCACAUUUAUCAAGGUAAUGUUGAGAAGCCUCCUGGAUCCUCACAUCUACUCUGUCAAGGACUUCACUGAGGCUUCCUUCAUUAUGCAAUGGAUCUUCCAGACUGCGCAGCCGCUUCCCAGACCUCCCAAAAUCUCUGACCUUGAAGAACUCACUAACACACGGCGACAAGUGAAUGAUGACUUCCUGACAGAGACCCCUGCAACCAAGCUGGCCUUCUGCCAACUGGCACUGCCUCUGCUGCUGCCCAACCCAGGCACUUCACGCAUCGAGUUCCCGCUCUACGCCCUCAGCCAAAUCCAAAGGAGCUGGAAAGAGACACAGAAGUCAGGACAGCAGGCCCAAACACAGAGUUACAACAAUAAACUCAUCUUCCAGGCACAGACUCCCAUCGUGUCCUUCAUCCGCAUUGGCAGCUCGGCCUCCUCUUCCAAGUCUCAGCUCCUGAACGCUCUGCUGAGCAAACGCAAACACGACACUUUCUUCCACCGCCACUGCAGAGGCAGCACCAGAGAGCGUUUGCUGAUGGAAGGGGUGGUGGAGAUUGCCUGGUACUGCCCUCGUGGAAGCCCUGAUGACACCUUUGAGAGCUGCGUGGCUUUCUGUAACCUGCAUGGAGAUGCCAGGGAUCACGGAGCACAGCUGCAGUUCCUGCAGGACAUAUCUGCUGUCAAUGUGGCUCUUGUGUCUGAGUUGGAGCACAUGGACAACAGGGGGAAAAAGCUUCUGCAGGACCUGUGGCAGUCACAAAGACCUUUGAUUUGUCUUUUUACAGAAAAAGAGAAUACUGCAAGUGGACAAUCCAGCAAAACUAUAACAAUAGGGAUGAAGAACAGAAACGAAGCAGAACUGAUGGACCAGCUGACCAAAAUUAUCAGGGAAAUCCUGGAAGGGUCUAAUCCAUGUUUCAGCCUGGACGCCUGCGCGGACAAAGCUCGCCAGCAUGGAUUUGUGGUGGAUGCAUAUCAACCCGUGUGGGUGACCGCGAAAGCAAAGGCAAAUGAGCCAGUGGAUUUUCUAACGAAAGAGAAGCUGUCUGAGAUCAAACCCCACCUGAAAGAACUAAAAGAGACUGAACUACAGGAGGAGCAGAGGGAACUGGAUGCAAGGAAGUUGAAAUAUGAAGACGAGCUCUUGAGAAGGAGUAGGGAGCUGGCUGUGACUCUGAAAGGGAAAUGCCUCAAUGAGAGACAACUGAAGAGCUACUUUACUCUUGUCUGGAACUGCUGGAUUGCUGAAGUCUCCUGUGCUACUGGUCCUACAAAAUGGGUGGAUAUCGAUGCAGAAACUGAACAUGUCCUUCUAGAGCACUUUAAGGAGCCAGGUUUCCAUGCAGAAAUCAGGUCAUUUCCUAAAGACAGAGGAUUUUCUUUUGACAUGGAGAAACACACCAGAAAGAAAAAGUAUUUAGGCUUAUUAUUCCUAGAUCUCAGGAGCAUUUGUGAUGCUGAUGUGAUCAAGUUUCAGCACAUCUCAGAUGACAUCAUAGCGCGUGUGGAGGGAAACAUUGAUAAAAAGGAACAGGAUAAGCAAGAUUACAGUCGAAAUUUCAUUUAUGAAAUACUCAAUGAAGUACAGAGAGGUGUGAACUCUGUCCCCAGCAAUGCAAAAUGUAUUUUUAACAGAGAGUACAGGAUGGAUUUGUCCCUCUAUCUGUGCAAAAUGGCAGCAGAAAGGUUUAAAGCCAUGCACAAAGCAUUCCAAAAGGCAAAUGACCCAGUCAUGUACCUGAGCAGCAAGAGAGAAGAUUUCUUCCAAUGUUUCCUGAUUUCCUGCCAAGGAGCCACUUACAUCACAACUUUUGCUGUUUUCCUUUGUGACAAGAUUGAACCAGCUCUUCGCAAGGCAGUCUUUGAGAGGACGGCUAAAGACAUUGCUGAGGACAUGAAGAGCAAAUUCCCAGACUUCAGGGGCAACAGAGCCAAUCUGGAAGUCUGCAUCCUGAGAUACCUGGCAGAAAAAGAAAAUUUUGAGGAUUUCAAGCAGUACCUUACGUCACCAAAACAUUUUUUUCGAAGUUACACUGAGAGGCAAGUUAAGAGUCAGUACUUAGAUGGGAGUAGGAGGCUGAGGAUGUUUUUAGAUUCCUCCCUUACUGUUCUCUAUCGAAACAUCCUGUCAGCUUUUUAUUUAUCAACUCAAAUUGUCAAAGACAGAAAAGACAGACAAGACAAAAUCUCUCUUUGGCUGGAUGAAUUUUGCAGGGAGCUGGCAGAGGUGAUCAACUUGCCCAGAAGUGAGCUGAAGAGCAUCGAGCACCAGGAGGUCACAGACAUUGAGUUCCUGAGCAGUGCCAUGGCAGAAGCUCUGUAUGACAUGAGGAACAGGCUCAUGAAAACACUGGCUGAUGCUGACAUGAGCUCGUUUGCAAGGAAGCCUCACACCAUCCUGGCAGAGCAUUUUUCAGGGUGCUGGGAGCAGUGUCCAUUUUGUGGGGCUGUCUGUGCAAACACCAUAGAGAACCAUGAUGGAGACCAUCAGCCAGUCUUCCAUCGCCCACAGGCUUUGACAGGACUUACAUAUAGGACAUAUUUAUCUCCUAACAUGGAAAAUCCACUAUCGCUGAUCACUGAUACUUGUUCCAGCCUAGUAAAAAGUGACGCCUUAUUCAGAGCUCAUGGUUGCCCAUUGACCCCUUACAAAAAAUACCGGGAUGCAGGACCUCCUGUUUCCAAUUGGAACAUUCUUCCUGAUUCAUCCAUGCAGGUGUACUGGAAAUGGUUUGUGUCUCAUUUCAGGACAGAGCUGGAAGCUUUCUACGAUUGGAAAUUUCAGGGCAAAGGAGAAAUCCCUAAGGCGUGGCUGAGAAUUACCAAGCAGGAAGCACUGUCUGAGCUGGACAGGCUUUAAGCCACAUCCAUGGGGAGGAAGAACCACAAUGACUUUGGAGUUUAGGAGAGCUUUGUACCUGGGUCUCCACAAAAUGCGGUUACAAUGACAACGCUCUCAAGCCCAAUGAAGAGGAUGGUAUCCAAUUUUUCCCAAAUUUGGCGCAUUAUGCAGCCAUCACUUAGUAAAUCCCCCGCUUCAGUAAAAAUCCAGAAUCCUCCUGCCUUCUUGCCAUAAACAUUUCCCUCUGCUUUGACUGAGAGCCAAACCAAACCUCCUCAUUGGGGCGAUUGGCCUUGUGGCCAAGCUGAGCCCAAGGGCCCGUGUUGGAGUCCAGGGUGUUCCUCUUGCUUCCCUGAUCCUGGCAGGGAUCUCAGAGGCCCAGGCAUGGAGCCCAGGGAUCCUGGGGGCUGGACUUGAGUCCCUGGAGAAAUUUGCCAACAUUGCAGGAAGAAUUACAAGUCACAAAAAAUAAGUAGAGUACAAAUUAGACUGUUAGAAGAUAGAAAUGGUGGAUUUCUAGGAAUGUUUAUAUUAGAGGGUUCUUAGCUAACAUGGAAGAUUUGGGGCGUGGUAUGUCUCUUCCUUCUUCCUCUCCAUGCCAUCCAUGUUGGAUGGCAUGCUGGCGUCCUUGGAUUGCAUGGGGACAAAGUUAGACAGUGCAAUAAAAUUGUAGUGUACUGGAAAAUAAUUGUAACUAUUAGGUAUGUGGUUUGGAGUAUAAAAGCAUUUUCUUCAGCCCUAGGGCUGGGAAGAACACAGACUUUAAAAACCACCAACAUGUCCUGCUGUGGGGAUCUCAGGAUCAGAAGACCACACAGACAGUGACAGGCCAGGGCAAGGGCAAAGGCAGCACUCAAAGCACCCCUUGGCUCAGCUGCUGUGAGACAAGAAGGGACUGUUGGAGUGUGAAACAGAGGCCUGUCUUAGUUGCUAAAGGAGAGAAUGGUAUGUAGGAAUUGAACUAAAGUUUUUAGAGAAAUUAAAGCAUUUUAAGACACACAGGCAUAAAGUAGAAGUGUAAGCUUUAGUUUUAAGUAAGUAGAAGUAUUAUUACGUUGCAUAGAUACAAAGCAAAAAUAUAAAUCUUAGUUUUAAGUAAGUAAAAAUAUGUUUUAAGCGCCUUAAAGAGCAAAAGCCUUUGAAUCUGGUGCAAAAAACAAGCUUCAAAAUCAAGCUUCACUGUGAGCUCAAAAAGAAAAACAAAAGAUUCAAAAAAAAGUUUCUGUGAGAGCUCAAAAACAUAGUGUUAGACAUUAAAAAAACAUAGAAAAGGUAUUGCUAACAGAUAGAACUGAUAGGAUAUAUAUGCAAAUUAAAUGUAACUUUGGUAUUAUAGAACCAUAAUUCUAAUAGGUUUAGAAGAAAUGCUUCAUGUUUGUGUUUUUUAGCUAAUUGGGUAAUUUGUAAAUAAAAAUCUGUGCAUUGGGGGAAGGCUCGCUCUCUCGCUCUCUCUGUUCCUCCAACAUCAUCAUCAUCAUCACCACUACCAACACAUGAAAGAAGAAGACGAAGAACAAGAAGAAAAGAAUAGAAGAAGAACGACAGAAGCAUCUGCCUCUACUCAGGACUCUGUAUUAGAUUGCAGCUUCUGCCUCAGCUUGAGACUCUGCACCAGGCCACAGCUUCUACCUCUACCCAGGAUUCUGUACCAGAGAACUGCUGCUCCUGCCUCUGUCCAGGACUUUGCACCAGAGAGCUGCUUCUGCUUUCAAAGAGACACGAUGCUGAAAGCUUUACCACAAACUUUAUAGCUUCAGACUCUUGUAAUUGAGUCUGAUGUGCUCCUGUAAUAAACAACUUACAGUAACGAACAACUGCUCUGCUCUUUUGAAAACACAAACCCAUAACAAUCCCAACAAGGGAAAGUGCCCCAGAGGCAGUUUUCCUGCAGCAAGGAGCUGUCCUGCCCAGAGAAAAGGCUGCAGGACCCAAGACCAGCUCCAUGCUGGCUGCAAGCUGGGCUGCUUCGCUUUUGGGUGUCAUCCUUCCCUCCCUCAUUGCAGCCUCCUGGAUCAACUGAGGCUGUUCUCCCAGCAGAAGCUGUUGUGUCUCAGGGCUCAGGAAAGCAGUGACACGACUGCCCCAGGGCUCAGGCAGUGCUUUCACUCCCUGUCUCCAAGGUGCUGUGUCUGUGCCCAGGGCAGCCGCUCCUGCUCAGGUGCCUGGGGCUGCUGCCCUUCCCUCCAGCCCUCAGCCCCUGCAGGAGCUGCUCCUGCCCUUGGCCUCACUGCUGUGCAAAAGCCUUUGGAAUGCCCCAUGUGCAGAAACCUGUGUGCCAGCACCUUCCUCAGCAGCCCUCGGGGCAGUGCUGGUGCUGUCCAGGCAGGCUGGUGGCACCAGAGCCGUGCUCUGGAGAAGGUGGCACCAGCUGGCUCUGCCCCAGGGAGGUGUGAGGGGCUUUUGCUGUGCAGGUGCUGCAACCCCGCUGGAAAUGCCAGGGCCAACCCUCCUGGAGAGCUGGCUGAAGGGCUGCUUCAGCAUCAUCCCCUGCAGGCUCUGCCGAUAAACGAGUUGAUUUGGA